UUAGAAAGGAUUGAUUGAUGAAGUAAAAUAGAAUAUGAAUAUUGCUUUCAACCAAAAAGAAGAAAAAGAAGAGAGAAACGGAACGUGAAGCAGCGUAAGACUUGCCUCUUCGUAUUCCUUUUCCCACCCAUCAAAAUAUCCGCCACAACCUUCUACAAGAAUCCACAGAAUUCAAACUUGCCUUUUUCCGAGAACCAUUCAGGCUUUUUACAACAAAAAACAGCCGCUUAUAAAUGCCCUCCCCUCCACCUCACUCUCUCCCAUCCACGAUUCUUCAAAGCCAAAGCCACGAAUACUCGAAAACUGUCUUUGAAAUUGUCUUCGGAAUUAGCUGUCUGUUCAUUUCACUUGCAACAGUGAUCCAAUGGACACCAAGAUUGGAUCGCUUGACGCGUGUAAGCCUGCGUGUUGCGACCUGGGCUUCCCACCCUCUAACGGCACCGUCUCGACCAUCCUGAACUCGGUCCCCUCCACCUUCCUCGACUCGUUCGAGGCAUCUCUGGGCCGCCAUGUCGCCCGCAGGCUCGUCCAAAUCGGCGUGACGGACGUGUUCAGCGUACCAGGUGACUUCAACCUGACGCUCCUCGACCACCUGAUUGCCGAGCCCGGCCUCAACAAUAUCGGUUGCUGCAAUGAACUCAAUGCAGGAUACGCCGCCGACGGAUAUGCCCGCUCGCGUGGCGUUGGCGCCUGUGUUGUUACCUUCACCGUCGGUGGGCUUAGCGUCCUCAACGCGAUCGCCGGCGCGUACAGCGAGAACUUGCCGGUUAUUUGCAUAGUCGGCGGUCCCAACUCUAAUGACUAUGGGACAAACAGAAUCCUUCAUCACACUAUUGGCUUGUCUGACUUUAGCCAAGAGCUCAGAUGCUUUCAGACUGUCACUUGUUAUCAGGCUGUGGUGAACAAUUUGGAAGACGCACACGAGCAGGUUGAUACAGCGAUUUCAACUGCAUUGAAAGAAAGCAAGCCUGUUUACAUUAGCAUAAGCUGCAAUUUGGCUGGGCUUCCUCAUCCAAGUUUCAGCCGAGAACCUGUUCCAUUUUCACUGGCUCCCAAAUGGAGUAAUAAGAUGGGCUUGGAAGCUGCAGUGGAGGCAGCCGCGGAGGUCUUGAAUAAGGCCGUGAAACCAGUUUUGCUGGGCGGGCCUAAAAUGCGAGUUGCAAAGGCAUGCGAUGCCUUUGUGGAGCUCGCCGAUGCAUGCUGUUAUGCCCUUGCAGUGAUGCCAUCAGGGAAAGGGCUCGUGCCGGAGGACCACCCACAUUUCAUUGGGACCUACUGGGGUGCUGUGAGCACUGCCUUCUGCGCAGAAAUUGUGGAGUCAGCGGACGCUUACUUGUUUGCUGGGCCUAUUUUCAAUGAUUAUAGCUCCGUUGGGUACUCGCUCCUUCUCAAGAAAGAGAAGGCGAUCAUCGUGCAGCCGGAGCGGGUGAUGAUUGGUAAUGGGCCUCAAUUUGGGUGUGUUUUGAUGAAGGAUUUCUUAAGAGAACUCGCUAAGCGGCUUAAGCGAAACCCAACUUCUUAUGAGAACUAUCACAGGAUCUAUGUUCCCGAGGGGCAUCCUCCGAAGGCAGAACCGCGAGAACCAUUGAGAGUUAAUGUUUUGUUCCAGCAUAUACAGAAGAUGCUGUCUAGUGAGACUGCUGUGAUUGCUGAGACAGGGGACUCGUGGUUUAACUGUCAGAAACUGAAAUUGCCACGAGCUUGUGGGUAUGAAUUUCAAAUGCAAUAUGGAUCAAUCGGUUGGUCGGUUGGUGCAACUCUUGGGUAUGCACAGGCCGUGCCAGAGAAGCGAGUGAUUGCCUGCAUUGGUGAUGGGAGCUUCCAGGUCACCGCACAAGAUGUGUCAACAAUGAUUCGCUGUGGGCAGAGGAGCAUCAUCUUCCUCAUAAAUAAUGGCGGAUACACCAUUGAAGUUGAAAUCCAUGAUGGGCCAUACAACGUGAUUAAGAACUGGAACUACACUGGGUUGAUUGAUGCAAUGCACAAUGGUCUCGGAAAGUGCUGGACGACCAAGGUCCAUUGUGAGGAGGAGUUGAUUGAAGCUAUUGAGACAGCAACAGGGGCUAAGAAGGACUGUUUGUGCUUCCUUGAGGUGAUUGUUCACAAAGACGACACCAGCAAGGAGCUGCUCGAAUGGGGUUCCAGGGUCUCUGCUGCCAACAGCCGCCCACCCAACCCUCAGUAAACUGAAAGCACUUGAACGAAAUGCCACAAUCAGCUCAAAAUAGAUUGAGCUUUCUCUGUUUUUGGUGUACUGUUACCGCUUACAGUUUUGAUUUUGAAUCGCGAAUUUUCUUUCCUGGACGGUUUGCUUGUUGAACUGGAGUCUUCGAUGUUUUCUGCUUAUAGUCACUUUGAAUUUAGUUAUCUACGAAAUGAUUUUUUA